CCCGUCCCCACUCCGCGGCCGCGGCUCGGCGCCGGCGGGCCUUGUCGCCGCUGGGCGGCCCCACAGUCGGGGCACGCCUGGGCCUGCUACAGGGGCGGAGCCGCAGGCUGGCGUGAGGCUGGAGCCCGCUCGGACCUUUUCCUAUAGAUGGGAACGGGGGAAGGAGCCCAGACGUGGCAACUCAUUCACAGGCUCCUGCAGGACCACCAUGGCUUAUGAUGGCUCCAAGAGGAAAGAAGAGUUCCUAGAGAGUCACCGAAGUACUGAUGACGUGCUGGCACCUGGCAGGAUACAGCGAGAGAAAAAGCGCUCAUACAAGGAUCUUCUGCAAGAGGAAGAUGAGAUAGCAACUCAGGACAGUGAGUUUUUUCCAGGGACAGAAGCUCAUAAAAAAAAGAGAAAGCAUUCCUCUGAUGAGUUCUGCUACAGAGGUGUCUCGCCUUUGGAUCUGCCAUCAAAGAAGAAGAAAAAAGCAGCUUCUAGCCCAUCCUCAGCUGAUACAACCAUGGAUUUACUCAAGGCUAUCAACUCACCUUUGGCCACAAGCUCAAAGUCUUCAAAGAGGACCUCUGAAAAAUCAUCUCAUUCUUCCUCUGGCCAUUCUGAAAGCAGAAAGGAGCAUCCCAAGAAGAAGCUGAGUGGGAGCAGUGGGGAGCACUCAGUGGAUGAUGGCAGCUCCCACAAAUCUAAAAAGAUGAAACCUCUUUAUGUGAACACGGAGACACUUACUCUUCGUGAACCUGACGGCUUGAAGAUGAAGCUCAUCCUUUCACCAAAAGAGAAAAGUAGUGCAGCAGAUGAUGAUUCUUUAUCCUACUCUUCAGCACCAGCAGCUGCAAAGAAAUCUUCAAAGAAAUCAGCUCGAGAUGAGCAAGGCUCAUUCCUGCUGGGGCACGAUCUGCAGAGCUUCCUGAAGUCAUCCCGGAAAAAGCACAAACCUCCUCCGGACUCACAUCCACCUUCUGAGAGUUUUGGUGCUGACACCUCCCUUCAUUCAGAGGGCCAUGGAAGUGAGUACGAAGUUUCAGGUAUGGAGGCACCGCCAGAAUCUGGUUCUUCUUCUGGUGGAGAGUUGGAGGCUGGAGAGCUGGUUAUAGAUGACUCCUACCGGGAGAUCAAGAAGAAGAAGAAGUCAAAAAAAAGUAAGAAAAAAAAGGACAAGGAGAAACACAGGGAGAAGAAGCACUCCAAGUCUAAAAAGAGUUCUGGGCACUCUCCUGUGGCAGUAGGAGAAGUAAGAGUAUCACCACCACCUCCCAGUACUCCCUAUGUUGUCCCUCCACCUCCUGCUGUUUUUCACUCAGAUGGUCAAGGUGAGAAGAGGAGGAAAAAGGAAGACAAGGAGAAGGACAAGGCUGAGAAAUGGGAAAAGGAAAAGGAAAGAGAAAAGGAAAGAGAAAAAGAAAAGGAAAGAGAAAAAGAAAAGGAAAGAGAGAAGGAGAAGGAAAGAGAAAAAGAAAAGGAAAGGGAGAAGGAAAAGGAAAGAGAGAAGGAGAAGGAAAGAGAAAAAGAAAAGGAAAAAGAAAGAGAAAAAGAAAGAGAAAAAGAAAAGGAAAGAGAAAAGGAAAGAGAAAGAGACAAACCAAAGAAGAAAAACAUGUCUGCUUAUCAGGUGUUCUGUAAGGAAUAUCGUACAACUAUUGUGUCUGAGCACCCUGGAAUAGAUUUUGGAGAGCUAAGUAAAAAACUGGCAGAAGUGUGGAAGCAGCUACCUGAAAAGGAUAAACUGAUCUGGAAACAGAAAGCUCAGUAUCUCCAACACAAGCAGAAUAAAGCAGAGGCCACCACUGUGAAGAGAAAAGCAUCAUCUUCAGAUGGUGCACCGAAAAUGAAAGCUUCUCCAACAGGAGUUAUUUCUCCUCACAAAAAAUCCCCCACCAGCACUGUGGUGGUGCCUUCCUCACCAGCCAAAGUCCCUGAGACAGAUCCCAUUGAUGUAGCUGCACAUUUACAGUUGCUGGGUGAAUCUCUGAGCCUCAUUGGACACAGACUGCAGGAAACAGAGGGAAUGGUGGCUGUUUCAGGAAGUUUGUCAGUACUCCUGGAUUCAAUCAUCUGUGCUUUGGGUCCGUUGGCAUGUCUGACCACACAACUGCCUGAGCUGAAUGGCUGCCCAAAGCAUGUUUUGUCGAACACACUAGACAACAUUGCCUACAUCAUGCCUGGACUUUGAUGAGAAAGGAUCCUGGGAUGUACUCAACCUCUGUGUAACUGACUUGUGUACAUGCACUACACCGACGCUCCCAAAGGGCUCCGUGUGGAGGCUUUUAAAGUUUUGUAUAUGUAUAGUAUAUACAUAGGAUUGUAACUAUUUGAUUUCUAUUUUAUGAAAAGUUGUGAAGUUAUGCUGAGAAAACCGUUUUGUGUUGAUGGGUGAAAUGUCCUCCAGUCUGAAAGUAUUUUGUAUGAAGAAUUCAGAAAGCUUUUGAGAUACUCGCCUUAAAUUCAGAUUUAGUGGGGGAAGCAAACAGAGAAUGGACUUCUUGAUAUAAAGAAGAAAGCUGUCACCAUGAGAGGGGUUAUUGGAACAGGUGGCCCAGAGGGGUUCAUGAGUCUCCUUCCUUGAUGAUAUUCAAAAACUGAAUGAGCAGCCUGCUGUAGUUGGACUUGUUUUAAGCAGAGAGAUGGACCAGAUGAUCUCCUGAUAUCCCUGCCUAAACUAAAGUAUUCUGAUAUUCUAUGGGCAGGUAGAGAUGAUAAUAUAUUUUGGACCAAGGAAUAGAACUGAAUUCUUCACCAGCCCUAUUUGUAACUUUUUUUUUGUUUAAAACCCACUUCUUGAGCGGAAAGCUGGAUAGGUUUUUGCCUCUUUCUUUUGGUCACUUUCUCCAGCCCUUACUCCUCAGUCAGUAAUAACUGAAAGUUGUCAGUGUUGGCUGGCUGGUCUGGUAGCUGGCAUUUGAAGUGAAGUAGAAGAUGACAAGAAUUUUUAUUUUUUUCUGUGGACUCAUACUCAAAUCAUCAUUAGCACAAUGUAUCAACCCAUUGUGUUGGCUUGAGAGAAUGAACCUCCUGCUGAUUCUUCCACGGCAUGGUCAGUCUGCUUUGAUGGAAAGGAGUAGAGAAGCAGAUGGGACAAACUUGGAUUGUUUCUGCCUGUCUUGCACCUGUUUUGUGAAAUGGCUCAUCCCCCAUCCCUCUCACCAGCACUGUUGCAGGAGCUGUGGUGCUGCUGCAAGGCAGUAGCCAGUGGCCAGUUUGAAGCAGUUACGGCACAUGUGGGUUGAUUGGGGCAGUUUCCCUUCCUUCCAGCCACAUACUUGGAGUUUGGUUUUCUGCUCCUCUGGAAGAGGAGCCGCAGGAGAACACUUGAUUCCUGUU